UGGCAACAAGGCGCGGAAGUCUGACGAAGAACGCUGAUGGUGGAUUUGUGUGGAUGCAAUUUUGGCUAAAAACAAUCCAGAUUUAUCAUGGCAGACAAUAAGAAGGAGAAGGGCCCAAUUGACUUGGUUCACCAGAACGCCAUCCACGUGGAGACGAUAUUGAAAGAGCACAGAUGCCAAAAGUUAUACACAAAGUUCAGCAUCAAUCCCUACAAGAAAUUUCACAUUUUGACUGACAAGCCGAUGGCGGCGACCAGCCUGGAGGAGGAGGAGGACCCUGCAUUCCUGAGAAGUAUUCGUGCCGCUCAUCUGGAACCAACAAAAAAGUAUACUCACCCAAAGACGGAAAGUCAAGAGAUUGGCUGGAUAUCUACUCCGCUGAUCUCCUCUGAUCGAAGUGACCGUAGGCUGAACUUCCAGCGCCAGAACUCUGAGAUCACCAAGUACAUGGAUGCGGCGUGGCGCCUCAAAGAACAGACUCAGAACUUGAGCUGAAGGUCACAUUAAAGAUGCACCUGAACUAGACUAAAGAUCACAGUGUCGUUAGAAAACCAUGUAUUCAUGUUUUUUUUGUCUGCAGUCACUUUUCCCUUUUCAUGUUAAAUGUCACAUUGUGACAGAUAGGAUUCUUGCUCUUUUUUAUGCAAAAUAAAAAUACAAAGUGGAAAGAAAUAUCUUUCUGAUAAAUUCA